AUGAAACGUCGGCAAUUACCUACAUAUGCCAUCUGGGGUUUUUCCGAUGUUUCCCGCCAUCUCCCAAACCAACGCCCGCUCCCUGGUCCGACUCCUCAAAUCCCUCGCCAACUGCGGCGACCCAUCUCCGACCAUCUCCGCCGCCACCCAAAUCCAUGCCCACGUCAUCAAAUCCGGCCACGACUCCAACCCCUUCGUCUCCACCGCCCUCUUCACUCUCUACGCUGUCGCCUGUUCGAUGAAAUUCCUCAACAAAAUCUCGUCUCGAUCACCGCCAUGGCUCGUGCUUACUCCACCUCCAACCAACCCUCUGAGUCUCUCCGCCUCAUUCAGUCUGCAGUAUACUCUGGCUUCGCCCUCGAUUCAGUCGCUCUCGCCAUCACAUUUUCCGCCUGCCGCAAGCUUGGGAGAUUGAGUACAGCUAUGGAGGUUCAUGGGUUUGUUAUUAAAGGAGGAUAUGAGAUUGACCCAUUUGUAAGUACUGAACUGAUUGGAGUUUACGGGGAUAAUGGUGAAUUAUCGCUUGCCCGCAGGCUGUUCAACGAAAUUCCUGUUAGAAAUGUUGUUGUUUGGAAUGCGAUUGUUCAGCAGUACAUUAAACAUGGUUUUCUCGAAAAGGCGGAGGAAUUGUUUGGAGAUAUGAUGGAUAGGGAUGUGGUUUCUUGGAAUACCAUGAUUUCGGGGUUUUGUCGAGCUGGGUUGUAUGCAAAGGCCGUAGCUCUGUUUCAUGAGAUCAAGUUAUCGAAAAUGAAGCCUAAUGAAGUUACGAUGCGUAUAGUUCUUUCAGCUUGUUCUGAGUUGGGUGCUUUGGAUACGGGCAUAUGGGUCCAUGUGUAUAUCGAGAGGAAUGGCAUGAAUUUGAAUGGGAAUUUAGAUCAUUGCCUUGUUGACAUGUACUCUAAGUGUGGGAGCAUUGAGAAAGCUCUCCAAGUAUUCGAGAAGAUCCCGUUAAGGAGAGAUUUGUACUCCUGGACCUCAAUCAUAUGUGGACUUGCGAUGCAUGGGCGUGCUAAUGAUGCUCUUGGAAAGUUUUCACAAAUGCAAGAAAUGGGUAUUCGUCCCGAUGAAGUUACCUUGGUUGGAGUCCUUGGUGCUUGUGCUCAUGGUGGUCUAUUUGAUCAAGGGUACCAUUAUUUUCGCUCUAUGAAAGAUUUAUAUGGCAUUUCACCAAAAAUCGAACACUAUGGAUGUAUGGUUGAUCUUCUAGGCCGAGUGGGUCUUUUAAAAGAGGCAUGCUUGGUUAUUAAAGAGAUGCCUAUGAAGCCAAAUGGCGUGGUUUGGGGAUCGUUACUAAAUGGGUGCAAGGUUCAUAAUAAUUCAACAAUUGGGGAGAUUGCGGCUGCAAAAUUGGUGGAAUUGGAUCCAAGGGAUCAUUGGGCUAGGGUUAUGAUGUCCAAUCUGUAUGCUGAUGAUUGCAACUGGAGUGGGGUGAUUAGAAUGAGGAAGGAGAUGAGAGGGGUAGGAUUGAAGAAGACUCCUGGUUGUAGUUCGAUUGAAGUGAACGGUGAGGUUCAUGAGUUUGUUGCGGGGGGUACCCUGCAUCAAAAAUAUGCUAAUAUACGAAAUAUGUUAGGGAUUUUUGAGGUGCAUGUCUUUCCGAGUAGGAAGUCAUUCAGUAUGAAGUAUUAAUGAUGACUGUCAUAGAUGGAGCUAAGUUUUUGACUAAAAAACCGAGAAAGGGAAUUAACUAAUGGAAGCUAAUGCUGUAUAAUUCAAACUAUCAAGAAUGAUUGAAGCUAAUAAUGCAGAACUUAUCAAACUCUGAAGGUUGUGAGAAUGCUCGGAGAAAGGAGCAUACUGCUGGAAGUAGAUUGCUAUCGGCAUUCUCUUGGAUGAAUUACAUUGUCUAAGGGUUACGAAUUCAAUUUCAGGCAAAUUAGUGAAAAGAGCAAUUUGCUUACUGACUAUGAGUAGCAAGGAAAUGAAGUCUUCUUUUGCUGGUGAGAAUCUUAAGCAAGAUUUCAAAGAGCUGCUUACGACAGGCUGAGAGGAAAGGAGUCUUUUGUACAUAGAAUACUGUUGUGAAAGAGAUUCUUGACAUGGUUUUGAAGCAAUCCAUGUUCAAAUCUAAACGACCACACAUUUGAGGGGGAAAAAU